CACACUCUGAGCUGACCACAUGGCGGCGCUGUUCGUAGCUUUACGGUAACAGAGCUGACAGGGUUAAAUGUCUCUGUUGUUUGUUUGUUUGUUUGUUUGUUUCUCACAUUCUGGAGGAUAACAGUUGAUGGCUUUGUGAUGGAGGACUGUACAGUAACCAUCACAUGGGUUCACACAGACGUCCAGCAGCUGUUGGCGAGUAAAGAAGAGGUUCCCCCUGAUCAGAGACCCGCUUUGGACCAGGAGGUUCAGACUCAGCCCCCAGUCUUCAAAAAGCAACAGGAGGAAGAGCAGCUUCAAGGGCUGGAGGCAGCUGAUAUCACAGAGUUCACAUUCACUCCUGCCCCUGUGAAGAGUGAAGGUGAAGAGAAACCUCAGUCCUCACAGCUUCAUCGAAGACAAACAGAACGGAUAAAAACAGAAGCUGAUGAGGAGGACUGUGGAGGACGACCGGCUCCGACCAGGAACUCAGAUCCAGAUACUCAUUUACAACCUGAUACUGAUGAGAUGACAGAAGACCUGUUUGAACCUGAGACUGGAGUCUGUAAUGAUGAUAAAACCACCAGAGAAGCUCCUUUUGUUUUAAACUGUAUGAAAAACUACAGAUAUAGUUCUUGUGAGAAAUCAUUUCCUUGCGUUGUGUGCGGGAAACAAUUUAACAAAAACUCAAAGAUGCAGAUACACAUGAGAACACACACAGGGGAAAAACCGUUCAGUUGCUCAUUGUGUUUUAAAAAGUUCAGUCAAAAAUCAGGUCUGGACUACCACUUGAAAACUCACACAGCAGAGAAACCAUUCAGUUGCUCGGUUUGUGGUAAAACCUUUGGCCAGAAGGCUUAUCUGCAUAAGCACAUGAAAUGCCAUACAGGAGUAAAACCUUACAGCUGUCCAUUUUGUAAUAAAUGUUUUUUACGUUGUGAACAUUUACAGUCACACAUGAGAACGCACACAGGAGAGAAACCAUUCCGCUGCAGCCUUUGUGACAAAAGAUUCAGUUGGCGUUGUCAGCUGAAAACACACAAGUGUGUUGGUAAGUCCUCACAGCUUCGUGGACUCUGGACCAGACAGGAGGGAGAGCAGCUUCAAGGACUGCAGGAGGCUGAGAUCACCGAGUUCAUAAUCACUCCUGUCCCUGUGAAAAGUGAAGAUGAAGAGAAACCUCAGUCCUCACAGCUUCAUCAAAAACUGACUGAACAGAUAAAAACAGAAGCUGACUAUGGAGGACCUGAACCAGCCAGGAAUUCAGGUAGUCUUGAGUCACAUGGAUGGACCAACUGGCCAAUCCAUGGACAGUUCUUGUGAUGUCAUCCAGCUGUUGAUCCACAAGUCUUUAAUUUAGUAGAAACUUACAGGAAAAUCCACAUAAGGACAUAACUUUAGAGUAAUGCUUUUAUGGACCAUGCUAGGGCUGCACCGAAUGGUUCAAAGGUUCAUUCACAAGGUUGACAUUCAGAUUUUAAAUCAAAAUAUCAAAUAUUCUGUUUACACCCAGUAUUUCUGGUAUUACCCGGUAUUUUUAAUAUUUUUUGUAGAAUGAGAUUCCAGCUGUGGCUGCAUGUCUGGUAGAUGCUACUUAGCAAAGAGUCAGCUGUGUACUCAGCCUCCAGAGGAUCCACCAGCAUCAGUAUCCACAGCAGAGACUCAAUAUCAGAAACAUGGAUAUGUACCGAAAACAGGACGGUCAACCAUCCUGCAGAUCCUGCUGCUCAACAUCAGCAGAACCGAGGAGCCGAUUUUUGAUUUAAAAAGCCACGUUAGCUUCUCUGUUAGCUUUAUGUUUAAUAAGCAGGAAUCAUUUUCUUCCAUUAGAUGUAUUAAGUAUAUUUAUAAAUACAAUUUAGAGGUACUUUAAAUACUUCUUCUCCACCAUCUGUCAGAGGGAAACAUUGUAAUUAUAAACAUUGUAAUUUCCAUUCCACUAUAUUAAUACCUUCAGAUAAAUGGUGUAUUAUAGAUUACUGUAAAUUACACAGUAAAAAUCCAUCUGCAACAUUUAAAGGUCCAGUGUACAGAAUUCAGUGGCAUCUAGCGGUGUAGUCGCUUACCCAAUAUAAUACAUUUAAUGUUUGAUGUUUUGUACUUUUAGACUUUUAAUUCUAACAUUUUUACGGUGUAGUUUAUAAUAAUGAAUUAAUUCUUAAUGCAUCUCUCUCUGUUCAUAUUUGUAAUUUCCUGUAUAUAUUUAAUCCUCAACCCGUCAGCGUAUUAUUUUGUAUCCUGAGUUUUAUUGUUUUUAUGUAAGUUGGAGCAUCGUUAGGACACUGUUUCCAGUCAUUGUUCGUGACCUGACUGUAAACUGUGUUGAUUUGUUCGGUCCAUUCUCAGGACUUUCACUGCCUCGUUUGAGUGCAGUUCACUGUUGAGAGGUUUCGUUCAGGUGCAUUUUACAAAUAACAUUAAAUGAAUGAAUCCAAAA